AUGGAUAUAAAUUCGACCAACGCUGGCGACUACUACGCUGGAGGCAUUCCCAAGAUGCCUGCUGAAUGGGAGCAGUACAUUCUCAAUCAACAGGGAAAGUUCGGAGGAGGCACCCAAGCAGCACCCGUCAGACGAAGAAACACGGUUGUCGGCAUUCCCACCUUGGGCGAUUUCAUGCGCGAGUAUGAAGACCGUGCCAGAGAGCAGCGCCGUUGUGCCAGAAAGGAUAGUCACCAACCUGCCUACGACGACCAAGACGAUCUCUCCCACAACAACAUGCACUUUGGCAAUGAUUCCCUUCCGCCCUCCUACUCUUCGACCGCUUCGUCCAAUGGCACUAAGCGAUCGUCCACCCACGUACCUAUGCCUAAGAAGCAGCUCCCGUCGGGUUCUAGACACAAUCGCCGUAGCUCAUUCUCCAGACCUAAACUCCCUGAAGGCUUCAUGAGCACCCCGGAAAUACCCCGUCCCGACAGUCCUGAGACGUUCAAGAGGAAGAUCUAUGAGCACAAGGCCCAGUACUACGCCUCCCAGAAGCAGCGUACCCAUUCGCGUCCGCGCCACAAGUCGCUGCUCAGCUCCGUUCUCUAUGAGCAGGAUGACUACUCCGCCUUCGUUCCGCCGCCUCAGCACACUCCCCAGCAAGCCGAACAAACUCCCGUCACUGCUUUCGCACUUUGGCGCCAGGAGUGCGAUGAGCAAUUGAAAGACAAGUCUACCAUGACUCGUGUGCCUGCUCUCCCCAUCUCGACUUGCUCAGAGUGUGCAAGCGCCUCGAUUCUUGGUGGUCAGCCUGUCCCUAUCGCCUGUGGCCACAGCCUUGACAAAGUCCUUCGUACCGGUAUCGAAGAAAAGCCUGGCACAUACAAGUUCAGCAAGGCCUACUUCGCACUGCUGAAGGUCGAACGUCAGCGCUGGCACACCGAUCGCUUCGGCGCUUGCAACCCCAAAGUCAAGCCUCGCAUUGAAGCGAACGCUCAGCAGCUUUUCAUUGUUAUCAAUGACCUCUUUGAGAUUGAGAAGCUGCGCAUGGUCGAGGCUGCCGAGAUGCGUAAUGAGCAUCUCCCUGUCCAUCGGCCCUGUCACACUCCCGAUUACUUCAAGUUCAGGCCCGAUGAGCGCAACGCCUGGUAG